AUGUCAAUGCGUUGCAGAGGGAGAGGGAAGGGGUAGGUGGGUAGCAGUUGGCAAGUGGUGGAAUGAUGGAUAACCCAUGUUUCUCACGACGAGUGAUGCAUGCCCUGGGAGUGUUCAUGACGAAGAAAGUGGAACGCAAAAAAACACCAAAGACUUGUUGAAUGCUGUCGUCCAUAUGGGUUCAGAAACAUGUCUCCCACACGGCCUAGCAGCCAACAUAUUGUGCGGUUUGAGGAGAUGUUGCCAUUGCUGGAGCGCUCAAAGAUGGAGGGUCUGGCUCGCUUCCUCCACAACUUUGUGAAGUUGAAAAGUCGGAAGAAGCUAUUGCCUUUGCAUCCAAUGCUGGGGCUCGCGCUGAGGUCAUUGCUCCCAAACGCCCCUUCAGAGACAGUGGCAGUGACCAGCUUGGCGCUUUGCUAUGCCGGCGUCCGUGAAGGCAGUGCAUGGCAGGAGCUGGCUAAGACCAUCGCCUCAGGCCCUCACAGUUUCAGCCCACGGGCACUGGCGGAACUUGCUUGGUCCUUCUCGGAAGUGCGCUAUGCCCAUCAGGGGGUCUUUGCCACCCUCCUCCGAAAGAUGGACGGGGUGAAGCAAAUGGCCAACGACCAGGAGAGGUCCGUCUUUUGUUGGGCCUCAGGCAACUUGGGUUUCAAUUGCUCUCAGAUCUUUGGACCUCCCACGGCCAAUGUCGAUCCUCAAUUGGCGCAGAGUCUUUUUCAGCGUCUUUCAGCCUUAGGGCAACAGCAGCUCGGAAGGAUACGAAGGAUACACAGCUAUGCUUCUAGCUCGGUGCAGCAAGCACUCCCACCGGAUGUUUGUGCGGAGCUAAUCAGAAAAGCAGAUCAAGAGGGACUUUGGCAGAACUCCACGGUGGUGGGCGGAAGCCGGCAAGUGGUCAUGAACAACAUUCGAACAUCAGCGACGGCUACAUUCAACUUGCCACAUCACGAGGAGGAUGAGCUUUUGUAUGGGAUUCGUUCCUGGGCGGCGCAACUGCUGGGCCUCCCCACGGACUUUGUGGAGCCUUUGCAGAUCGCCCGAUAUUCCUGUGGCCAGGAGUACAAAAGGCAUUUCGAUUGGCGAUCAGCCAACUUCAAUGGCAUUUGGAUCUUUGGUCAGCGGGUUGCAACAAUCCUGGUGUACCUGAAGACACUUCCUGCUGGCGCUGGGGGCGAGACAGAAUUCAACCAGUUGAAUCUUCAGGUCACACCAGUGGAAGGGACGGCGGCCAUUUGGCCCAACGCAUCCCAGCCCAAUAUUCCUAGCUAG